GAGCGAGCGAGAGAGAAAGAGAGAGAAGGAGUGAAGUGUGGAAGAAUCAGGAAAAGAAGAAAGACGAUGGAAUCGGAAGAGGAGCGUGUGCGGCUGAGGGAUAGGGCGGAGUGGUCGGAUGUUACACCGGUGCCGCAAAACGACGGCCCAAACCCGGUGGUUCCGAUCAGCUACACCGAAGACUUCGCCGAAGUCAUGGACUACUUCCGAGCCAUCUACCUCGCUAAUGAACACUCUUCACGCGCCCUUUCCCUCACCGCCGAGGUCAUCCACUUCAACGCCGGAAACUACACCGUGUGGCAUUUCCGGCGGUUGUUACUUGAGUCACUGAAAGUUGAUCUGCACGGUGAACUAGAGUAUGUGGAGCGUGUAGCCAGUGCCAAUUCAAAAAAUUAUCAGAUUUGGCAUCAUAGACGAUGGGUUGCUGAGAAAUUAGGUGUUGAGGCUAGACAUAUUGAACUUGAGUUCACCAGAAAGAUAUUGUCCGUUGACGCCAAACAUUAUCAUGCAUGGUCGCAUAGGCAGUGGGUUCUUCAAACACUUGGAGGAUGGGAAGAUGAACUCAAUUAUUGUAGUCAACUUCUUGAAGAAGACAUAUUUAACAACUCCGCUUGGAAUCAGAGAUAUUUUGUCAUAUCAAGGUCUCCAUUCUUGGGGGGCUUAAAAGCUAUGAGAGAGUCUGAAGUACUUUACACUGUUGAAGCCAUUAUAGCCUCCCCUGAAAACGAAAGUUCAUGGAGAUAUCUUCGAGGACUUUUCAAAGGGGAAACCGCAUUAUAUGUAAAUGACCCUCAAGUUCCUUCAGUAUGUUUAAAGAUUUUGAAUACUAAGAGCAAUUAUUUGUUUGCUCUUAGUACUCUUUUGGAUCUUAUUAGCCUCGGUUAUCAACCAAAUGAAGACUUCAGAGAUGCCAUUGAGGCUAUAAAGACUUCGGAUUUUGAUAAACAAGAUCAUGAUAUAGCCAGAAAUAUUUGUUCUAUCUUAGAACAAGUUGAUCCCAUUAGAGCAAACUAUUGGAUCUGGCGCAAGUGUAGAGUUUCUCAGGUGGCGGCAUAGUACCUAGGCAAUUAAGGAGCAACUUUAUGUAAUUUGUGUAACUGGAUAGCUCAUGGACCAACGUUUUUAAAAAUUGAAGUUAUUGGGUGAAAAAUAAUGAUUUUAUAUUUUACAGGA